AGAGUAGAGACCUUUUGGGAAAACCAUGGCAGCAGUGUGUCAGGUAGAUUGGUGUGUGGAGAGAUUUUGUAGUGUUGGUUUUGUAAGGAGCAAUGGGAAACACAAAAGACAAAAUAGCAAACAGAAAAGUGAGUUAGGAUCACCCUAAAAGAAAAUUUCUGAAUUGUUAUGACAUGUGUCUAAAGGUGGGCUUUUAGGUUGCUUUUUCUUGUCUAUAUGACAGAUAGGUAAAAGAAAUAUUCUCAGUUGCCUGUUUUUAUGUCUGUAUUCACUUUAGACUCAUCAUUUAUUUAGGGAGGGUUGUCAGUUUGGUGUGUGGAAUCUCUUUUCCCAUCAGAGUGGAGGGGUCUCUAUACUGCAGACAGAAGCAUUGUCUAGGACAGUCACAGGGCCAUCUUCUGGAGGAAGGAAUGUGGUAGCUGCUGGCCCUGGGGUGUGAGGGAGGUGCCUGUGCACUGGGUCAUGGCUGUCCUGAGCUCCGGGCUGAUCACUGGGAGACGCCAAGAGAUGAGGACCGGGAGCAGUUUGGUUAGAUGCCCUAAGAGCCAAGAUCUAGCAACCCAGGAGGCUAUUGAGGGCCUCGUGAGGCUUCAGUGCCUUGUGCCUCUUUCAGGUGCACACUCUAGGGGGAUGUUUUCAAGUGCUGCCCCAGGCUGUGUGUGAUUUGCAUUGCCUGUGUUUUCUUCCUGUUGCUUUCCUGGGUGCUGAGUCAUUUACAAAGUUCUGAGGCCUCACUGGAGCCUGUGUCUUGUUUUUUGUGUGUUUUGUGCCUUUUUCCUAUGAAAGACCAUCUCCUACUCCUGACAUACUCCUAAUUCCUUGCUGUGAGUUUCUUGGCUCCUGGCUUCUAGAGAGAGCCCUGAGCUGCAGUCACUCACUACCGUCUACUAUCUAUAGCCAUUUGAACCCCAAGCUGUCAGGGUGUGAAUGUUUGUCUUGAGUGGUCUCUAGAGCCUACUUCUCAUCCUAGUAACAAGUGUAAGUUCUGAGAAUUUUACUCUUCUGUGAGUGUCACCGUGUGUUCAUCACGUCCCAGGUAGGUCAAGGUGUGCAGCUGUGCUGAGAGCUUGCCCAGAGACUCCACAAAGGGUGUGUUGGCUCUGGUGUGAGCUUGUGCUGUGGAACCCUGUCCUCUCAGCACCGGCCUUUGGUAACGGGGAUUGUGAAAUGAUACUUUCCUCAUUCACACAGUUCUCAUUAACCUGAAGUUUUUGCUCUCAAAUAAGUCUUGAUUUCUGAGUUGGGACUGCUUUCUCUUUGACCCCAGCAAUCAUCCAUGAUGAGAAAGGUGAUUAUUUGGGGGGAUUGGAGAGAGGUGCGUAGACAUUCUCAACAGUGGGGAUGGAGGGAAGGGGUAGAACCAUACUUUUUCUCGCUAGCAUGAGAUUGAUUGUCACAUGUUACUUUUGCCACUCUGCUUUUUCUGUCAGUAUCGCAGGUGGAAGAAGGCCCAUAUCUUUUUCUGUGGGUGCUUUAAGCAUCUUUGGAAGCAGAGGCAACAGUGAGAAGGGGAAUCUUUCUCUACAGGACAUAGCUGACCUGAUUCGGGCCAGAGCUUGCCAGAGGGUGGUGGUCAUGGUGGGUGCCGGCAUCAGCACGCCCAGUGGCAUUCCAGACUUCAGAUCUCCAGGGAGUGGCCUCUACAGCAACCUCCAGAAGUACAACAUCCCAUACCCUGAGGCCAUUUUUGAACUCGCAUUUUUCUUUCACAACCCCAAGCCCUUUUUCACUUUGGCCAAGGAGCUGUACCCUGGGAACUACAGGCCGAAUGUCACUCACUACUUCCUCCGACUACUCCAUGACAAGGGACUGCUUCUGCGUCUCUACACACAGAAUAUUGAUGGGCUCGAGAGAGUGUCUGGCAUCCCUGCCUCAAAGCUGGUUGAAGCUCACGGGACCUUUGCCUCUGCUACUUGCACAGUCUGUCGAACACCUUUUCCAGGAGAGGCCUUUUGGGCUGACGUGAUGGCGGACAGGGUUCCCCAGUGCUCAGUCUGCACCAGCAUCGUGAAGCCCGACAUCGUGUUCUAUGGGGAGCCGCUGCCCGAGAGGUUCUUGCUGCAUGUGGUUGACUUCCCCAUGGCAGAUCUGCUGCUCAUCCUUGGCACUUCCCUGGAGGUGGAGCCUUUUGCCAGCUUGUCCGAGGCUGUGCGGAGCUCAGUGCCUCGGCUGCUCAUCAAUCGGGACUUGGUGGGGCCCUUGGCUUGGCGUCCUCGCAGUAGGGAUGUGGCCCAGCUGGGGGAUGUGGUUCAUGGCGUGGAAAGGCUGGUGGAGCUUCUGGGCUGGACAGAAGAGAUGCAGGACUUGGUCCAGCAGGAAACUGGAAAGCUUGAUGGACGGGACAGAUAGGACAGUGAUGGUCAGCCCACGUACAGGAAAUGGUUACAUAGGAGAGAUCCAUAUCCCAUUUCUGAUGAGACUUUGUGCCUGAAGACAGCUUGGGCAAGUUUCCAAAUUUUGGCAGAACCAGGACAUGCAACCUGAGGAACAGAGUGGAGGUCUGAGUCUGCUGCUGCAGUGUCUUCCUGGGCUAUGAGCUCCGUGCCGACUGGUAGUGUGCUUACACUCAGGGCCACCCAGUCAUGGAUACAAAGGAUUCUGCUGAAGCUCUUAAUGCAAAAAGCUUUCUUCUGAUGGUGUUCCCCUCAAACUGAAACAGACUGCCUGGAAUCCCAGACUGGAUCUACCUUUACUGUGCCCAAGUCACAGAGGGGCAUCUCUGUUGGUAAGAAGACCCAGGCCUGAGCUGAGCAGCCCCCCUCACGUCCCAAAAUGUCAUCCUGGGGCCCUAGUGAUGCAGCAGGAUCUUCUAGCAUGUUGUUCUCUUUAGUAGGGUUAUUUUCAUUAGAGAAAAUCUGUCCUUCAUUUCCAGCAUAAAAUAAACUUUAGUUUUCUCAAAGGGA